AUGUGGUUUCUUGUCGCGACCUUCAUCCGGCCACUGAUCCAGUCUGGCCUGACACGAAAGCGGUCCCGUCAGGCCUGUGGGCCCUGCCGAGAGCGCAAGAGGAGGUGCGACGGGAAUGAGCCCUGCCUCACCUGCACGGAUUGGGGCUAUUCCUGUUACUACGAGCCCGAACUUCGACACAGGGCUUCCCGACCUGCCGGCCAGGCCGUCCCCGGGCCGUCUUCAGUCGUGUCACCACCUGUGCAGCCAAGCGCCCCGGAGCAGCCCGGCAAUGUCGGUUCUGACCACACCGGCCUCGUCCGGCGCCUCGAGGCCAACUCCGGGGCGGCCUUCGUCAGGAAUCUCGGCCUCAAGAUCGAUCCUACAAAGGCUCCGAAGCUUAAUCUCUUUGGCUGGAACAUCGGGACAAGGCAGUUGUCCUCCCAGAUGGAUUUUGCCACCUCCCCACUGCCAGUUGUUGAGAUCACCUCGCUAGAACACAUGAAAUUCCUGGCCGGGGUUUACUUCGACAAAGUAGACCCCUGCUAUGGGUUCAUCGAACAAGAGCAUUUCUUCGCAAAGCUGGCCGCAAGAUGGGAAUCACCUCAGGCACCCGGCAUAUAUGACAGUGUCUUGGGUGGAGUCGCUGCUAUCGGAUGUCUCUUCUCGCAACGAAAUGCCACCAUCACCGAACUACAUCUGGUCCGCUCAGCCCGUGCCUGUCUAGACAACUAUCAUCUAUCUGGUCCUCCACCCAUAGACCUCUUGACCGGUUGGACCCUCCGGGUCUGUUAUCUCCGGAUGACGGACUCGCCUCAUUCCACCUGGCUCGCAAGUUCCACCUUGAUGCACCUUGUCGAAGCCUCGGGACUUCACCCCGGGUCCCCGUCAGUCCUCCUGCCCAGUGCCCAAUGCGACCCAGAUAUCCAGAGGAGGCUUGUGGGGGUUGCCCACCACCUCAAUGCGUGGACUUCCUUCGACCUGGGCCUCUCCCGCGUUUCUUUCCGGACAGACGACUUGCCCCUGCCACCAGAGCCGAAGCCGGGGGACUACACUGCUGAAGUCUUGGGUCUCUUGCCCGUGUCAGUCAGCCUCGAUCCGGGGAGGCUGAAGCAGGAGACGGAUCUCACGUCAACACUUUCCGAUGUCGUAGGAGGAGUCCACACCAGGCCGCCAUCGGUUCUUGCGCAGUGCAAUCUGGUGCUCUGUAUUCUGCGGCGCAUCCACACACAGAAUCUCGACAUCUCGCCAGGCCUGGCAGAGCAGGUCCUGGCCUUGUUAAAGAAGGGGCUUGGUUGCGCACGGAAGAUGGUCACCGAGUGCUGCCCGUGGCACCAGGUUGCGAACGUCCCUUUCCACGUGCUAUGCUUCCUCCUCGUGAUGGACACCCGAUCAUCCCUUGCGAUGCUCCCAGAAGCGAUGCAGACCCUGAGCCUCGUUGCCUCAACCUACGACACGGAAGCCAUGAGGGAGGCGCACAGUGCGGCCUGUCUAUUGGUCCUGCUGCACCAGCAACGCAGGAAGGACGACAUUGCCAUCCUCGGCGAGGCCCUCAACAUCCACCAUCACGAGCGGCAGGCGGCAGCACCGCCACAACAACAAAUAAGUCCCAGCGCCGAGGACUAUUCCUGGCUUGGUGCCCUGGUCGCGGACCUCCCCGGGCUUCAGCGGAUAGACUUUGACCAAUUCCUGCAUGCGGAUCUGAUGUCUGGCCCCUCUUUUAUGGGCGGGUCUAGCUGA